AUCAUGUGACACGUGAUUUGUUUAUGGUGCUAUACUAUAUACUUCACAUGUGAUCUUCAAUGCGAAGUGUGGGAGAUCGAUGCGGUACUGUCAUCUACUGGAAUCUGCACUAAGUUGUUAUAAACCGACAAUUUCCAAAAAGAGCUGACACUGAUGAACACCUCAGUAUAAUUCGUGUUUCACAAAGGAACUGUCUUAAUGAUGAUAGAUCAAUGUUGAUUCAAAGUACUAAAUAGAUACAACAGGAGUUAUAGACAUGACUGAAAUUCUCUUCAAGGUCAUUAUCAUAGGGGACCCGACGGUGGGUAAGACCUCGUUUGUACAGCGAUAUGUCAAUGAUUCGUACAGAAGGGAUUACAAGAUGACCAUUGGAGUUGACUUUGCCCUGAAAGUUGUGAAGUGGACAGAUACACAGACCAUAAAGCUUCAGAUAUGGGAUAUAGCAGGACAGGAAAGAUUUACAUCCAUGACCAGGGUGUACUACAAAGAUGCUCAUGCCUGUAUCAUAGUGUUUGACCUCACACAAAGGUCAACAUUUCAAAAUGCUGUCAAGUGGAAAAAAGACCUGGAUGCCAAAUGUUCUUUGCCUGAUGGCUCCACUGUGCCAUGUUUGUUACUGGCUAACAAGUGUGACCUGAGCCACAGAGAGGUUGAACAGAAUGAAAUUGAGGACAUGUGUAAAGAGCAUGACUUUGUUGGGUGGACAGAAACCUCUGUGAAGGAGGGCCUUAUGAUAGAGGAAUCUAUGAGGUUUCUGAUGGAAGAGAUGAUGACCAAACAUUCUGAGAUGGACGGAUUCUCCGAAUCAAUGCGACAGUCUGUUAGUCCAGGCACUGUACAUCUCAAGUCUCAGACUGUGAACCCUACUGAAGAGUCAGGCUGCGGCUGCUGACCCUAGCUCCAAUAGAUGACAGAUGUGUCUGAAUUUGUGAACAUUUUUUGUUAGUGCUCUGAAAAUGAUGAGGAAUGCUGAAAAAAAACAGCUGUGUCAUUCUCACUAUUUGAUGUAGUGAAGAUAGUGUUGUGUAUACGUUUGUAUGUAUGAGACCUUAUAACAUACGAUAUUACUGUAUGGUGUAUGUACGAGACCUUAUAACAUACGAUAUCACUGGUAUGGAAACCUGGAUCACUUGGGGAGGAGUCUUAGGUUCAUAAAUGGGUUGUGAUAUUGUUGUUUACUAUGGAGUAUUGAUGUAAUGUGUAUAAGAAAGGUCCAGAUUUGUCACACCUGUUAUUGUCUGGAUUUCACUGUUCAAGGAUAAUCAGUUAAAUAUAGCAGAGGUUGUCAGGGUUACAGAGACUCUUUCCUCGAAAGACUAAUGAUGUACACCUCUGUCACGUCGAUCUAAUGAUGUACACCUCUGUCACGUCGAUCUAAUGAUGUACACCUCUGUCACGUCGAUCUAAUGAUGUACACCUCUCUCACGUCGAUCUAAUGAUGUACACCUCUGUCACGUCGAUCUAAUGAUGUUCACCUCUCUCAUGUCGAUAGUACUCUGACAUUGGCUCUCCUCAUGCUAACACACAAGAGUGACACGUGAGAUAUUGGCUCCCCUCGUGCUAACACACGAGAGUGACACGUGAGAGGUGACUGUGAGAGGGUACAUGUGUAAAACAAGUCUUACCUUGAUUCUAAAACAAACAAUGAGAUACAUGUACCUGUUUGUACAUUUCACCAUGUUUUAAUCAAACAACACUUUUUAUAUGUCCGUCAAAUUUGAUGGUAUUAUGGUAUGGCGUAGUCCAUUCGUCCAUCUGGUAUAAACUUUAGUUCGUCUCAAAAUCUCCUCUUACAUUUUUCAACCAAUCUUAGUGAAACUUAAUAAUUAUGCAUUAUAAUCAUGAUAUUCAGUUGUGUUUCCCUGAAAGGAUUUUAAUUAAUUUAAUUUUAAUAAAUCAUCCUUAGAGUACAAAACAGGAUUUUGAUCAAUUUUAAGUUUAAUCUUUCCUAGAGUACAAAACAAAGGAUCUCGUUAUAUAUUGGGAUAACUUACAACCACGAGGUGUGGAUUAGUCUUUUAUAUUAAAUUGAUUGAUGUAUAUCACCACAGAGACCUCCUAUGUACAACUUACAUAUCAAACCAAUAUCCCAGAGUGAUAAUUAGUGAAACAGAGAUGUUUACUUUAUAGAUGUAGAAAGUACUUAAUAUAUAUAUUCUUGUUUAAAUUAGUGAAUUUUUACAAUUUUAAUAUAUCAGAAUUAAAGUAGAACAAAUUUAUUCAGAUCACAAUAAAAAAAAAUGGAGCCUCCACAAAGAUAUACUUUGGAAAACUGUAGUGAAAUGCAUAAUGUGUUAUUUUUAUCUUCCCAGACUGUUUUGUUGAAACUUUAAAG